AUGAGUGCUGAACAGUCCACUGUAUCAUCAGUCAACAAUACCAAGCAAAAUUUAGGAGAGGGCCUACUAACACCGCUACCUCACGAGAACAUAUCAACACACAGCAAACCUUACAUCGCCCCGUACGCCCUGGCACUCUCGAGAAUCAACGAAUACUGCGAGAAGCCUCCGCCUGCCCACGACCUAUGCUCGAUUACCGGCCGCAUCCGAACGCUUGCCCGUCCGCUGCAACCGCACAAGGUCGGAUCAGCCACCUAUCCCAACUCGCCAACGAUUAGUCCGCGAUACUACCCUUCCUCGCAACCCGCUGCCGAGCUUGCUGAACCCGGGGAGCCUCUGUCGAGCGAGAGUGUCCCGAUCCCGCCCAGCACCCGCCUCCCAACGAACCGAGCUGCAACCGCGAACAUAGCAUCUUCCACCGGUCAAGGCGCUCCUGACGUGACCCAGCCUUCGCGGCAGGUCGCCGGGCUUAGACGACGACGAGCACCCGACGACGAGGGCGACCAUCACGGCACCGAGGAUUCCCGCCCAGGCAGCCCUUCCAAGCGUCGCCGCCAUUCCAAGGAUCGGACAGACGCCAUGCUGGGCGAUGACGAUGUAGCGGUGCCGGCUAAUGGCGACUUUGCGGCGCAUCCCCGACCGCGGGCGACUAAGGGUAUCCUUAACGGCUCCGGGUCAGCAAACACAACGCUGAAUGGCGCCUCCGCCGCCGCCGCCACCAGCUCUAACGGCGUCAGUGGGGGGCUGGAUCGUCACCACAGGCCUAGAAAGUACCACGGUCACGAUGCGGAAGAGGUCACGCGGCUCAUCAUCCAGGCCCUGGAUGACAUGGGGUACACAGAGGCGGCCGCCGACGUCAGCAGAACCAGCGGCUUCCAGCUGGAGAGCCCCACUGUUUCAAACCUCAAGAGCGCCAUUAUGGACGGACUCUGGGAUGAGGCUGACGAGCUGCUGGAAGGUGCGCUGCUGGAAGGUGCCGUAGACACCGAUGGGGCUGGCGGUGACGGGAAUGGACUGGUCCUCGCGAAAGGCGCUGACCGCAAGACGAUGAGGUUCCGCCUCAAGAAGCAGAAAUAUCUCGAGCUUCUCGAAGCUGGAGACACGCCCGGGGCCUUGCAUGUCCUUCGCUCUGAGCUGACACCCUUGUCCAGCAACAUUGCUACUACAAACUUCUUAUCGAGCCUGCUUUUGACCACGUCGGCAGACGAAGUGAAGAGCAGGGCUCAGUGGGACGGUGCUAAGGGCACGUCGCGGAGCGAGCUACUCUCCAACAUUUGCAAAAGCAUAUCUCCUUCCGUGAUGCUACCCGAGGGCCGUCUAGGACAGGUCUUGCAGUCUUUCAAGCGCCAGCAGCUUGAUUCGUGCCUGUUCCACACGGAUCCCAAUACACCAACCCUUUAUCACAACCAUUCCUGCCCACCGGAGCGUUUCCCACGUCACAUUGCUUUGGACUUGCAUGACCUGGACGGUGAAGCCUGGCACGUGAAAUGGUCUCCUGAUGGAAAGUCAUUGGCGGCCUGCGGCCAGCGAAAGGUGGUUGUGUGGGAUCAAGACUUCAAUGCUGUCUUGACCGUGGACACCAGAGACUUUGCUCGAGAGGCAGCGAGAGGCAACGAAGGCGUCGGCAACAUUGCCUGGAGCCCCGACAGCAGUAAGAUAGCCAUUUGCUUACAGGACAAGUACCUGCGUGUCUACAGAUUGGCGGUGAGUCCUGCCUUCGUACUGGCUGGAGUGUGGGAGGCUGACGAGCCGCAGGAUGGCGUUUCCAUCCUCCAGACCAGGAGGUACAAUGAGCCAGUCAGCAGUUGUGUCUGGUCGCUCGAUGGCAAGUCCCUUGUGGUGGGCACUCUGGAUCCCGCCGCUAGUAUCGUUACCGUGGAACUGGAGGGUUCCCGCGAAACCAACUGGAACCGGCGCGACCUUCGCGUCCAAGACAUGUGCGGCUCGCCUGAUGGACGCUGGAUCGUUGCUAUGGAUGACAAGCGCAGCAUACACGUGUUCAACGCCACGACUCGAGAGCAAGACUACCAGCUGGAUCUUAAAGGCCGCCCGGGCUCGGUCUGUGUCUGUGCGGACUCGAGACAUCUCCUGGUGAAUAUGACUGGCGGGGGGGAGGCCCAGCUCAUCGACCUGUACACCAGCACGGUCGUGCAGAAGUACAAAGGACACACGCUCGCCGACGAAUAUAUAGUGCGGUGCACGCUCGGCGGUGCGCACGAGAGUUUCGUCUUGAGCGGUAGCGAGGACGGAUACGUAUACAUCUGGCACAAGGAACUCGGGGAGCUCGUCGAGACCAUUCCUGGCCACGCGAAGCGGAGCAACUCUGUGGCGUGGAAGCCUGACGACCCGAGCAUGUUCGCAUCAUGCAGUGACGACGGGAGGGUCAAGAUGUGA